AAGAAACCAAAUAGAAACCCUUUGAGCAAAAGAGUCCAUUUAUAGAGUUGGAUUCAGCUACCUUUCUUCAUCAGUUUCCAUUGUGAUGAUCUGAUAAUUGACAUUACCUUAAAUGCUUCUCUCUUUUGUGCGUUGGGAAGAGCGCUCCUACGCUUAUGCAUUCUGCUACCUACGCCCCUCCACAAUUCAUUUACUACCUUGGCUUGCUAUAAACACCAGCAAGAUAGAGGGCCUUUCAGAUUCUGCAUUUCAUUCCAAUUCUAAUCUUUAUUCCUUGGAAUCCUUCUCUUUAAGUAGAGGCAUUCUUUUCUGAGAGGAUAAGCAAGAAUGGAAGAAUGAUGCACCUUCACCCUGCAAAACUUCCCAUUUUCUUCACAGUCUUGGCGAUUUUUGGUGGGGUUGAAAAGCUUCUUUCUGGGCUUUGAAAAAACAUGAAAAAGAUCAAACCUUUGAGGUUUUCCAUUCUGGUUCUGUGCGUAUUUUACUUGAGUGUAUGGUGCAAUGGAGAAGAUGAGAGUGUGGCAGCUCCAAUGAAGAGAACAGAGGUGGAGGCUCUGUAUUCUGCUAUUCAAGCUUUCGUGGGCAAAUGGUGGAAUGGCUCAGAUCUUUAUCCAGAUCCUUGUGGUUGGACUCCUAUUCAGGGUGUUUCAUGCGAUCUGUUUGAUGGCUUUUGGUAUGUGACAGAGUUGAGGUUUGGACCUCUGCAUGAUAACUCCCUGAGUUGUGCCUACAAUGCUGAAUUUAGUCCCCAUCUAUUUGCAUUAAGGCGCCUGAAGGCUCUUUCAUUCUUCAGUUGCUUUGUUUCACCACGCCGUUAUCCUGUUUCAAUUCCUACUCAGAAUUGGGAAGUUCUUGCAGCAAGUCUAGAAUCGCUAGAGUUCCGAUCGAAUCUAGGGCUAACAGGACGAAUUCCUUCUACGUUUGGAGAGCUAAAAAAUCUUCGGUCCCUCGUGCUAAUCGAGAACGGACUAACAGGUGAGUUACAGGCAAAUCUUGGCAACUUAAUCAACUUGAGGAGGCUAAAUCUUGCUGGAAACUCAUUUACAGGCAGAAUCCCAGAUAACUUUGGAGGGCUAAAUAGUCUCUUGAUUCUUGAUAUGAGUAGAAAUUCACUAUCUGGUUCUUUGCCUUUGAGCUUUGGAGGGCUGAAUUCACUCUUGAAGCUUGAUUUAAGCUACAACAAAUUGGAAGGAAAAAUCCCAGAAGAGCUUGGGAAUCUGAAGAAACUAACGCUUGUAGACCUCAGCAACAACAAAUUUUCAGGUGGAUUGACCAAAUCACUUCAAAAUUUGUCUUCUUUGGAGGAAUUAGUCCUCUCGAAUAAUCCCACCGGUGGUGACUUAACGAGUCUUGAAUGGCAAAACCUGAGGGGGCUGGCUGCAUUGGACCUGUCCAAUAUGAGCCUGAUAGGUGGGAUUCCAGAGUCCAUUGCAGGUUUGAAAGGUUUAAGAUUUCUGGGCCUGAAUGAUAACAAGCUCACAGGGGAUAUCCCCCCAAAGCUGGCAAGUUUGCCUAAUGUUAGUGCAUUGUACCUUCAUGGUAAUAAUCUGACAGGAGAGAUUAAAUUCUCUGAAUGGUUUUAUGGGAAACUGGGGAGGCGUUUUGGGGCUUGGGAUAAUCCGAAUCUGUGCUAUCCCAUUGGGUUGAUGCCAACAAGUUAUG